AUGGAGAGGCAAGACAACCUGUGUGAAAAGGACAGCGAAGCGGUGAGGCGAGGCGGCGAGUGGCCUCAUUGGCGGCCGAGAGUCAGCCCCGCCCACCACCCCACGAGGGUCCGCCCCGCCCACCACCCCACGAGAGUCCGCCACGCCCACCACCCCACGAGGGUCCGCCACGCCCACCACCCCACGAGAGUCUGCCACGCCUACCACCCCACGAGGGUCCGCCCCGCCCACCACCCCACGAGGGUCCGCCCCGCCCACCACCCCACGAGGGUCCGCCCCGCCCACCACCCCACGAGGGUCCGCCCCGCCCACCACCCCACGAGGGUACGCCCCGCCCACCACCCCACGAGGGUCCGCCCCGCCCACCACCCCACGAGAGUCCGCCCCGCCCACCACCCCACGAGGGUCCGCCCCGCCCACCACCCCACGAGAGUCCGCCCCGCCCACCACCCCACGAGGGUCCGCCCGCCCCACCCCGAGUCGCCACCACCCCACGAGGGUCCGCCCCGCCCACCACCCCACGAGGGUCCGCCCCGCCCACCACCCCACGAGGGUCCGCCCCGCCCACCACCCCACGAGGGUCCGCCCCGCCCACCACCCCACGAGAGUCCGCCCCGCCCACCACCCCACGAGAGUCCGCCCCGCCCACCACCCCACGAGAGUCCGCCCCGCCCACCACCCCACGAGAGUCCGCCCCGCCCACCACCCCACGAGAGUCCGCCCCGCCACCACCCCACGAGAGUCCGCCCCGCCCACCACCCCACGAGAGUCCGCCCCGCCCACCACCCCACGAGAGUCCGCCCCGCCCACCACCCCACGAGGGAGGAAGUUCAGUUAUAG